UGACAAAAUGGAACACACCAGCAGUGUGAGGAGACCUGAAAGUGGCACAUGGCAGAGUGUGGCGAUGGAGACAGCAGCAAUGGGAGGCCGUACAGGGACCCAUGACAGAUUACGGGCCUGGCAGCAGCAUGAGGAGGCGGUACAGGGGCCAUGGCAGAUUACGGGCCUGGCAGCAGCAAUGGGAGGCCCGUUAAUCUGCCAGCACCCUAUGACAAAAUGGAACCCACCAGCAGUGUGUGAGGAGACCUGAAAGUGGCACAUGGCAGAGUGUGGCGAUUGGAGACAGAAAGCAAUGGGAUGGCCGUACAGGGACCCAUGAGAGGACUCUGGACCUGGCAGCAGCUGA